UUGUCUUGUUUCUCAAUCCAUCAUAAUCACUAUAUAUAAACCCAAAACCUCACUUUAUUUCUCACUCUCUCUCACUACCUUAUUCUUAACCUACCCUCUUUUUCGUUCUCUUCCAAAACAAACCUACCUCGAUCAUGUCGAACUUCAAGAGCAAGUACCAUGAUGAGCUUAUCGCCAAUGCCGCCUACAUCGGCACACCUGGAAAAGGUAUUCUUGCUGCUGAUGAGUCAACCGGGACAAUUGGAAAGCGUCUAUCUAGCAUCAGCGUUGAGAAUGUUGAAUCCAACAGACGUGCUCUCCGUGAACUCCUUUUCACCGCCCCUGGUGUCCUUCAGUACCUUAGUGGAGUCAUCCUCUUUGAGGAAACCCUUUACCAAAGCACCGCUGCAGGCAAGCCUUUUGUUGAUGUCUUGAACGAAGCUGGUGUGCUUCCUGGUAUCAAGGUUGACAAGGGUACCGUUGAGCUUGCCGGAACUGAUGGAGAAACCACCACUCAGGGUCUUGAUGGACUUGGUGCUCGUUGUGCUAAGUACUAUGAAGCUGGUGCACGUUUCGCUAAAUGGCGUGCAGUGCUUAAAAUCGGCCCCAAUGAGCCAUCUGAGCACUCUAUCCACGAGAAUGCCUAUGGUUUGGCCCGAUAUGCAGUCAUAUGCCAAGAGAAUGGACUUGUACCAAUUGUUGAGCCUGAGAUCCUUGUUGAUGGACCUCAUGACAUUCAAAAGUGUGCUGCUGUUACCGAGAAGGUCCUUGCAGCAUGCUACAAGGCCUUGAAUGACCACCAUGUCCUCCUUGAAGGCACUCUCUUGAAGCCUAACAUGGUUACCCCUGGAUCUGAUGCACCAAAGGUUGCACCCGAGGUUGUUGCUGAGCACACCGUUAGAGCUUUGCAGAGAACCGUACCUGCUGCAGUCCCAGCUGUUGUUUUCUUGUCUGGUGGACAGAGUGAGGAAGAGGCCAGCGUCAACCUCAACGCCAUUAACCAAGUUAAUGGUAAGAAGCCAUGGACCCUUUCCUUCUCUUUUGGAAGGGCACUUCAACAGAGUACCCUAAAGGCAUGGUCUGGAAAAGAAGAAAAUGUGAAGGCUGCACAAGAAGCUUUGUUGACAAGGGCUAAGGCUAACUCUGAGGCUACUCUUGGAACUUACAAGGGUAACUCCAAACUUGGUGCUGGUGCCUCAGAGAGUCUUCAUGUUAAGGACUACAAGUAUUGAUGAGUCAAAGUUGGUGUCUCUUUUGAAGACUAGAAAAAGGGUUUAUUUUGUUGUUAUUUUGAGUAUUGUGGUUUGACUUGCGAGACAGAAUAAUUGGUUGGAGUUUUAUCUUUUUGUUUUCUUUUUGUUCUUUUGAUAAUUUCAGGUUCAGUGUACUUGGUCCAACCCGAGCAAAAGGGUUAUUAUAAAACACUAUUUCGAAGUGAAGUUCUUUUUUCAAUUUGAAAUUAUGUGGCUUCAUUUACACAUUA